GAGAAAAUUUUUAAUAUGAAUUAUCUUCACAGCUGGUUCUUUGCAUCCUGGGUUCUCUGUUAUCUCACAAUUUCAAAAUGCAGCGAUGUCACUGUACAGAGUUUCAAGGCUGAUCGUGUCAUUUUGCCAUGCAAAUAUGACAGCAAAUAUCAUGGAAAGUGUCACAUAUGCUGGAUGAAAGGAGACAUUCCCACUAUGGGUUGUGGUAAUGAAAUUAUCGGAAGUGAUGGAGAUAAAGUGGUGAGGGAAAUAUCAUCCAGAUACCAGCUGGCAGGAGAAAUACAGCAUGGAGAUGUGUCUCUGACCAUCUUAAACAUUACAAAAACAGACUCUGGCAAAUAUGGAUGCCGCAUACAUGUACCUGGACCGUUUAAUGAUAAGAUGUAUUACGUCCACUUGAUUGUUAAUGACGUAAAAACGACCACAACACAAGAGAGUACUUCAUUCGUCUCUUCAACAAAUCCUCCAGAGAACAGCACUUUUGGACUGUGGCUCUCCGACACAACAUAUGAAACCUCGUUUGAUCACCAUGAAUCGUCCUCCAUAGAACAAAACGAUAAUGUAAAUACAUCUGCAGUGAUCGUGCCUGUCAUCCUGUUACUGCUGGUUUUGAUAGUCAUUGUUGUCAUUUUGAUAUUGAAGCAAAAGAAGAAAACCAGAGCUGCGCUCAACAUAACCCAGAACUCAGAUAACUCUGUCAUCUACAGUAACUCCGGCAGCACCAUGGGCCUGUACAACAGAGAGAUGGCUGUGGAAAACAUCUAUCAUAUACAACCUGAAAAUGAAUAUGAACAGUGGAAUUAAUUCACAUAUACUAUUUAACUCUAAGUUGAUCAGUGUGGACUUCUUGUCUUCUUUUGUAUUUACACUGUGUUUAUAAUAAUGUGACAGCUAUUACUGAUCAGAGAAAUUAUUGCUCUGACUAACCUCAUUCUGAUGUCUAGCGGCUAACAUACUGCAACAUUUUAUAAUUAUUAAAACUAAUCUAAGUUAGCUAAUCUAAGUUUGAAUGUUUUAUUUACCACAAAUGUGUUUUCGCACAACAGCUGUACAUUUUUCAACCUGUCAUUGCAUUCAGUUUACACCAAUUCAGGGGUGCGAAAGUGCUGACGUGGGUUCAGAGAAGUGAUAAAACCAUCUACCAUAGAAACUAGAUUGUAAAGAAGGUCAUUAUAUCUUUUCAAAGCCAGACCAGUGUUAAUAUCACAUUUUCCAUUGAUAUUGACAGAUAAAAAUGUUCUUUGUAAAAAAAAAAAAAGAAAAAAAAAAAUUUGAUUUGUGGUUAAUUUUUUCCAUCAAUCAUCAUGCUGCUUCACACCUCUUAUAACACUCACACCCAGACAACUUCCUUCCACGUUAACAUACCAAAAACUUUUGAUUAACUACUAUGCAAUUUUUCAGAAAUAUUUAGAAGUAUUUUCUGCAAUCUGGGCCGGGAUGGGACACAAUUUCAGACCGGGAUUUCUCAGACUCAUCAGGCCACACAGGAAAAAAGAAUAGUAAUUCUUACCCUUCAAGUUACUAAUUUGUAGGCCUACCUACUAGGGGUAAAAAAGGAACAGAUAUGUCCUUUUAAAGGUCUUGUCCCAGUGACAAGCUGUUGUACCCCAAAAGGUAAAAUUUUGGCCCCUUAUUUCCUGUUUAUAACCUAUACAUCCAAAACAAUUUCUGUGAUCAAAAAAAGUUAUGAUAAAGACAUUUAUAAUAUUACAAAAGAUUUCUAUUUUAGAUAAAUGCUGUUCUCCUGAACAUUCUAUUCUUCAAAGAAACCUGAAAAAAAACAUCUAAUCUGUUUUCAACUUUCAACUGUAUUACUAUUGUGUUGCUGUCUGCUCUAGCUCCCUACCUCCCUGUACAAUAAAUCCAUGUGAAUAUUUA